ACAGAGAGAAUCGCAUCACAGUCCUAGAAGCGAUUUGCUUUCCCGUGGUGGGAGUGCAAUAGGUCUGAUUGAAAACAAGCGGCGCUGCUGCCUCCGUGCGCUCUAGCAUAUGAGGAGAGGAGCAGUUUUCCGUGUGUUUGCACGGUGUCUGUCUACCCGUAGUUACGCUGCAAUGGGACCUUAAAACCAUCUAAAUGACACUAUUUUAAACAGGAGCGGAGGGUAAAUAUAAACAAAACACGGAGAAGAUAGCAGUACGCGAACUCGCCAUGGAGAAGCGCAGAGGAGGAGGAAUAUAACGUGGACAACUGACAAAGAACUUGAAGGAUUUACCACUUGUUUUGAACAUUGACUUUAAAAGGGAUAGCAAUUCCGGAUUUUUCUGAUAACUUGUGCUGAACAUUAGUCUACACGUCGUUGCCAUGAAUGGAAAGGGGAAUUAUACGGGAUGCUGGAGACUGCCAGUGCUCGGUUUCGUUGUGAUUCUGCACUUGAUUCCAUUGUUUGCACAUGGGAAUUCCAUUGGAGGAAAUGUGACUGAGUCACCGGAUAAUGCUGUGAACGUGACCUCACUGCCCGGCGGGGAAGAGGGCGAGAAGAUGUUGGAUCUCACCAAGGUGGUCAAUGGCGAGAGCCAGAGGGCCGGACGCAAGCCACGAGACGGAGAGGACGCGGGGAGCGGCAUGAUGGGUGGCGAGGGGUUCCCUGUGGUCGGCGAGGAGGAGGCCGGAGCCGGGGGCCGCCACUCACUCAGUCCGGACUCGGCCGAGACGGAUCACCUGCUGCCCCAGGCCCCUGGAAACACCCAGCAGGAGGAAGAGGAGGAUGAUAGCCGCAAGCUGCCCCUGCCCACUGACCUGCCCUGGCAGAACGCCAAGGGUGGCCUGGAGACCACGGUGUUCGACCUGGACCGGGAGUUCACCCCCACCACCACCCAGUCGCCCAUCGUGCGCAUCUCCAACUCCGACACCCUCACGGUGGACUUCGUGGACUCCGACUCGCGUGACCUCGAGACGCCCGCCCCGUCCGCCCACGAGCUGCAGGGCCGCGACCCCACCUCCUGGACCAUGCCUGACAACUACGACUACCUCACCCCGUACGACGACAGCAUCUCCCCCUCCCCCGACGAGUACUCCGACACCACCACCACCGACCUCUACGACGACGACAUCACCACCACCCCGCCUCCUCGCCCCUACCGACCCCGCAUCCCCAUCCCCGGCCUGCUGGCCCCUGACGGCCCCCUCACGAGCGGCGGCGGUGGAGUCGAGGACCCAGCGCCUCCCCCAGGGGUUGACAAUGAUGGCGCCAGUGGGUCCAACUGCCCCAACGGAAGCUGCAAGACGCCCUGCGAUCAGCUCCCCAACUACUGCUUCAACGGAGGCCAGUGCUUCUUCUCUGAUGGAUUGGGACCCUUUUGCAGGUGCAACGUGCAGGAGUACGUGUGGAACAAGGGCGCACGUUGCGAGUCGGUCAUCACGGAGUUCCAGGUGAUGUGCAUCGCCAUCGGCGCCUCGGCCGUCAUGCUCCUGCUGCUCUUCAUGAUCGUCGUCUGCUUCGCCAAGCAGCUGCACGUCCUCAAGACCGAGAACAACAAGCUGCGCAAGCGCAGCAGUAAGUACCGUCCCUCCUCGGAGCAGCACAAUGAUAAUUUCUCGUUGUCCACCAUCGCUGAGGGCUCCCACCCAAAUAAAACCAUGAGCAGAUACACCUGGGAGUGUAAGAACAAAGAGGACACCGACUGCGAGUUCCAUGCCGACGGAAAGAAGGAAGGCCCCUACCCCGUUACCCUGGAGGUGGCGUACCCGCACGUCCUGCCCGAAGUCACUAUAUAGGCCUGCGCUGAACGGGUAAAUGACCUCCUGCUGGCUUAUGCCUUACAGCACGGCUGCUGCUAGACGUGACACACUGACACACAUGCUCACUUCUCAGGGUGAUUACAUCUGCCAGGCCCUGUCAGCAUUUAGUGAGAGUGAGGAUGUGCGUGUAAUACGUGUGUGUGUGUGUGUGUGUGUGUGUGUGUGUGUGUGUGUGUGUGUGUGUGAAUGUGAGAAGUGUUGAAGGCAAAAAAAUAAAUACCCCAUCUCUCUCAUUGUUGAUAAAGUUCUAUCUCUACAUUUAGUGAUAUUUUUAUUGCAAACAAACUUCUGUUGUCUUUAAAAUAAACCUUCUCUUUAUCCUCUCAAAACAUUACUCUUCAGCUAGUAACAUACAUACACACACACACAUACACACACACACUCCUUUAAUGUGUGAUUUCUCUUGUCCUCGUCAGUGACUGCCCUAAUUAGGGUGUUUGAUGGUUAUUCCACAGAGGGUAAACGGGGCUUGGUUGGCAUUGCAGUAGAUUGCUAGUACUUUCCCUGCCUACCUCAAGCCUGAUUUUUGUUUGGGUGGGGGUUGCGUGUGUUUUGGGGGAGGAUAUGUGUGUGUGUGUGUGUGUUAUCAGUAAAAUAGUGGGGAAUCAGGAGAUGCAUAGGGCUGUAUAGGAGGCUGAAGGGGGGGUUGUUGCAUGUGUGCAUGUGCCUUGUGUGUUUGGGUUGGGGUGGGUUGGAGUCAUCAGACCCUGAGCUUUUCUAUGCAAAACAGUCUCUCAUACAGCCCUGUCAUCUUCCUUUUAAACCCACUGGUGCUAAAAAGGGUAUUCAGUCCCCACUUAACACUUGGUGUGACGUGCUGGGAAGCCAAAAGGGUUAAAUGUGGUUCUCUGUGUGCUCUUCUCCUUUGUAAACACCUUUAUUCCAGCCACCUGGAUAAGCAGGUAGUAUUCCCUCUCUGAGAAUGACUGACUUAUGAUGCAUUUACACAAUGUGUCAUCAUAGAUACAUACUGAACUUUAUUAAAUGGGGUUUAAGUAAAUCUGAAUGAAUAAAUUAGUUAAAUUAUAAUUUACAUAAAUUAUAAUCUGUAGCUAAGAUGGUUCUGGAGCACAUUCAUGAUAUUACCACAUUGAUAUUACCUUGAAAUAAGAGGGUAUCAAUUCUAGAAGAAUACUAGAUCGCAGCUGAUGGGAACUAUAACAGAGGGUGGGCUGUGUUCUAGACCAAGAGGGUCUUGAGAACGCACCAGAGGGGAACACGCAUGUGUGGUUUGGGGGGGUUCUAAUGGUUCUAUUGGUUCUCCAGGAUGAUCCUCAUGCCCAGAACAAGCUGGAGGACCCCGUGAAGGCCCCCCCUCCCAAGGAGGACGAAUCGCUCAACAUCCAGAACUCUCUCACCCCCAAGCAAGAG